AUGAAAACAGCUGCUCGUAGUGGCCAAUGUGUGAGCAUUAAUAUCAUUUACGUAGUGCACAACAAAAGAAAAACGCUUCCAGACUGCCCUUCGUACAAAAAAUGUGUGGCAACCUUUGGCUCGCUGCCCGAUCAUGAAGUCGUUGGUCUACCAGCUUUAUCUCCAACAAUGGAAAUGGGUACAAUUGCCAAGUGGAAUAAGCAGGAGGGUGAUCCCAUCUCGGCUGGCGACGUCGUGUGCGAAGUAGAGACGGAUAAGGCAGUCGUUGACUACGAGGCCACCGAUGAUUCGUAUCUAGCCAAGAUCUUGGUCCCUGCUGGCUCUGGUGAAAUUGCUGUGGGCAAGCCCAUUUUUGUCACUGUUCUAGAGGAGAAGGACGUGGCCGCUUUUAAGGAUUUCUCAACCGACUCUUCCGCUAUUGAAGCCGCCUCCGUCGCUCCUCCUGUAGAAGUCACCCCUCCGACACCUUCUCCUUCUACUCCGGCAUCUUCCACUUCUGAUUCUGCUGCUAAGUCGUCAGGUGAUCGUGUGUUUGCCAGUCCGCUGGCCAGAAAGAUUGCUCGGGAAUCUGGCGCCGUACUUUCUGUAAUUAAUGGCUCGGGCCCCAAUGGCCGUAUCGUCAAAGCCGACGUGGAAGCAGCUCUGGCUGCCAAAAGUUCCAAUUCAUUUGACAAGGUGGAGGCAACUUCCACGGGCGCCACUAUACCGACCACGGCUACCAACUACUCAGACUAUCCAGUCAGUGAGGAGUCUCAGACUAUUGCUCAGCAAUUCACGCAGCAGAAGCUCGAAGUGCCACAUUACCACUUGUCGACUAGCCUUGUUCUUGACAAACUUUUGGACGCGCGUGCUCGCCUGAAUGCCGGACGUGGCCCAGAUGAACAGCUGUCGGUGAACGAUUUUAUCGUACGCGCGGCCUCGCUUGCUAUGCGCAAGGUGCCAGACGCCAACUCGAGCUGGAAAGGCUCAUUCAUUCGUCAGUAUAAAGACGUCAAUGUCAACUUGAUGGUGUCGUCAUUUUCCGGUGGUGUUGUGGCACCUGUGCUUACUCAAGUGAAUCGCAAGGGUCUUGAUGCGAUUUGUCAAGAGACCCAAAAGGUUAUUGCUAAGGCCAAGGAUGGGAACAUUGAACCAGAUGACUUAGCUAUCGGCACUUUUACGAUAGCCAAUGUUGGUCAAUUUGACGUGCAGUCGAUGGCUGGUAUUGUGCGUCCGGAACAAGCCUGUCUUUUAGGCUUGGGCACAAUCGAAAAGAAGGUGGUCCCGAAUGAUGACCCAAAUGCAGAGCAGAUUUAUAAGUACGCGCAGGUGAUGACGGCGACGUUGGCAUGCGACCACCGAGUAAUUGAUGGAGCUGUCGGUGCACAGUGGUUGGCUACCUUCAAAGAGCUCGUGGAGGAUCCACUCAAGAUGAUUUUGUAA